AUGGCCGCCCCGCCACCUGAAGAAGGCUCUUUUACUACCACAGACGGCGAGAAGCUCUACACGAAAACAUGGCGCGCCAUACCUGAAGCCGUCAAAGCACGUCUCGUGUUCAUCCACGGCUUCUCGGAUCACUGCAAUAACUACGAAGACUUGUUCUCCGCGGUCGCCGAGAAUGGCAUCACAGUCUACUCCUUCGACCAACGAGGCUGGGGCCGUAGCGUCGACAAGCCCGCGAAAAAGGGCCUUACCGGCCCAACAUCACUCGUGCUGAGCGACAUCACGGACUUUAUCAAGCAGCUCCCCAUAGACGACUCGCAAUCCCCCUUGUUCCUUAUGGGUCAUAGUAUGGGUGGUGCCGAGGUGGUGCAUUAUAUCGCCUCGGGACCAACGGAGAUUCUCAGCUCCAUUCGUGGGUUCUUGCUCGAAAGCCCUUUCAUCUCUGUUCAUCCCUCCACUAGACCGUCUAGCAUUACCGUCACGCUGGGUCGGCUAGCGGGGAGGAUCCUGCCCCACAGACAAAUGGUUAAUAAACUUGACCCAAAGAAGAUAUGUCGUGACCCCGUCGCCUGCCAAGCUUACGCCGAUGAUCCGCUCUGUCAUGAUACUGGCACUUUGGAGGGUCUGGCGGGUAUGUUGGAUCGCGCAGACGAACUGCAGCAUGGUAGAGCUGUGGUGAAGGAGGGCAUGGGUGAAUGUGGCAAGACUCGGUUGUGGUGUGGGCAUGGCACGUCGGACAUGAUCUGUGAUUAUGAGACUUGUCGGAAGUGGUACGACGGUGUUGAGAUAGAAGACAAGGAAAUGAGGGUUUAUGAGGGGUGGUAUCAUCGUUUGCAUGCUGAGCCUGGCGAGGAUAAGGUCAAGUUCCUGGGAGAUAUGACGAAAUGGAUUUUUGAUAGGUGUGGUGAAGAUGUGCAAGGACAGACAGCUGCUAGUGGUGAGCGGUCGAGGCUGUGA